AUGGAGUUGGCCAAUGGGACUGCAGCCCAGGAAUUCAUUUUGCUGGGAUUUGGAAUCAAUCAGCAGAAACGCUUCUUGCUGCUUGUUUUCUUGAUUGUCCUUUAUGUGCUAACGUUGGUUGAAAACAGCACCAUUAUAACCCUGGUCUUUCUAGAUACUCAUCUGAGCCAGCUUCCUAUGGUUGUCUCCUUCCAUGCUUGCUUCCUCCAGUUCUAUCUCUUGUUCUCUCUUGGCACCACUGAAUUCUUCUUCCUCUCAGCCAUGGCUUUAGAUCGAUACUUAGCCAUCUGUCACCCAUUACACUACCGGACCAUUAUGUCCCCACAUUCCUGUUACAUUCUUGUAACCGCUUGUUGGAUCCUUGGUUUCCUGGGGUAUAUAAUACCUGUUGUUUUGAUCUCUAAGUUGUCCUUCUGUGGACCUAACAUUAUUGACCAUUUUUUAUGUGAUCUCAUUCCACUUCUGUCUUUGGCUUGUCCUCCACUUGGAAAU